GCCCUCCAUUUCUAUUCAAAAUUCAAACUCACCCACCAAAUUCCACAUCCUCAUAUUUCUCUGUCUUGCCUCUAAUUUGAGUAGAAAACUAAGGAAAGAGAGGCAGAGGCAAAGUGGGUCAAACUACAUCAUGGAAUGAACAGAGAGGAGCUUAUAGUUAGCUAAGAGGGUGAAAGCAAAAAAAAAAAAAAGCAGAGUUGCAGAGAAAGAUGAGCACAGCUAGAUUCAUCAAGUGUGUCACUGUUGGGGAUGGAGCUGUUGGAAAAACUUGCAUGCUAAUCUCUUAUACCAGCAACACCUUCCCCACUGAUUAUGUGCCUACAGUGUUUGACAACUUCAGUGCUAAUGUGGUGGUGGAUGGAAGCACAGUUAACCUUGGAUUGUGGGACACUGCAGGACAAGAAGAUUACAACCGGCUGAGGCCUCUUAGCUAUAGAGGUGCAGAUGUGUUCUUGUUGGCCUUCUCUCUCAUCAGUAAAGCCAGCUAUGAAAAUAUUGCCAAGAAGUGGAUACCUGAAUUGAGGCAUUAUGCCCCAACAGUCCCAAUUGUGCUUGUGGGAACAAAACUAGAUUUGCGAGACGACAAACAGUAUUUGAUUGAUCAUCCUGGUGCUACACCGAUAGGAACUACACAGGGUGAGGAACUGAAGAAGACAAUUGGUGCUGCAGUCUAUAUUGAGUGCAGCUCCAAGACUCAGCAGAAUGUGAAAGCUGUGUUUGAUGCUGCCAUCAAAGUUGUUCUGCAGCCCCCUAAACCUAAGAGAAGGAAACGGAAGGCUAGGACGUGUGUAUUUCUGUAAAUGUUCUUGUAGCUCUCUCUAUUGUAACAGUCUACAAUACCUCUUCCAAGUCUUCAUUUCAAUUAAUGAUGCCACUACUUCUGGCAUUUGUUGCUUUCAUUUUCUGCUAAUAUUUUUCCAUAUAUAUGUAAUAUUAGUGUUCCAUGCUUGUUAUGGAAUAUAAAGGCAAGUAUUCUAGAUUCCUA